AGAGGAGGACCCAAAUCUCCAACAAAUGCUCCAAUCUUUGUUUAAAUCACAUGACCCUUUUUUCUCACCAACCUAUGAAAAAGAGCGAGCCCAAUCCUUUUCAAGAUUAUUUUUUUCCUUAUUUAUAUUCAUCAACUUACACUCCCUUUUUAGUGUACUUUAUACCGGUUGCUGAGUUGGGUGAUUUUUUUUUUUUUGGUGAAAUUGGUAGGUUUUUAUUGUUGGGGGUUUUCAGCCUUUGAAAUGGGCAGUCUUUAGAUUCUUGCAAUUUUUAAUUGGAUUUUUUCUUAUAAGGGCGGCCUUUUUUUAAAUUUUUUUUUUUUGGGACAAAUUAAUUCUUUUUAUUGAUGCAUCGUGCUGUGCAGAAAGGAUGUUUUUGCACAUGGUUUACAGGGAUUGAGGUUGUUGGUCGUGUUUUUCUUGACAUGGCUUGUGAUUGUUCUUAAGGUUUUACAGGUUUGACAAAGUCAUAUUUGGUGUUUCUUGAUAUUGCCCCUCUUUGUCAUUCUUCAGAAAAUUGAGAAAAUAGAAUAGUUUUGGUCAUUCAUUGUUUGAUUAAAGAGUAAUCUUUCCUCAUUUGGUGAUUUUUCGCUCUUUUUUUCGUUAGAAUUAGGGUUCUUGACUAUACCUUCUCAAGAACAGACCUUUUCCCCCCCUUUUUGGAGAACCUAGAUAAGUUUUUCCUAUACCCUUUUAAUCAAAGUUUAGAGAUACUUCUUAGUGGUAACUUUCCUGUUCAAUUUGAUUUCUCUGCUGUAUAGUGAUUCUAACAGGGAGAUUCUGGUUGUAGAACUAGUUUAGUGUAUCUGCAGUGAACAUGGAUAUUUGGGUUGUGGCUGCAGCUGCUGGUGCUGGAUAUAUCGCCCAGCAUUGGAAAAACCUCUUAAGAAGUAGGCAUGAUUUGUUAGAAUCAUCUCCAGGGAGUCCUAGUUUUGUAAGAAGUGAGUCGUUAUCGCGUAUACAACAAGUCCUGGAUAAGAAUUGUUCUUCCCCUGUAGAAACACCGAGAACGAAAUUAGGUGAAUGUACCAAUUCAUGUGAUUUUGAUAUUUCCAAUUUAACCUCUGGGUUGCCGAGUGAUAAAGAACUUCAAGGAGAUCAGGGUGGAAGCAUAUGUGAUAACAUCAAUGAACCGGGAAAUGAGUCGUUACUUGUCCCUUCUACGGCUGAAUUGGCUUUUUCUUAUGGUACUUCAAGGAAAAAGAGCAACCUUAGGAGUAGACGAAAAAUGGGGCAUCUUAUAAAGCCUCUAAAUUCUCUAGAAAGUUGUCUCAUGGCUCAGUUAUACAAGGAACAUGGUGAAGUUGAAGACUAUAUUUUCAGUUCAAAGUCAUCGCCAUGGACAACAACUGCGAGGCCUUUUGUAGUUACUGACGGGAGCAAAAUUAUAAGCAGAGGUAAUUCUAAUUCUUUAAGUGCCCCGAGAGGUGCUGGACAUCAUAAGCAGCAGGAUGAUUUUUCAGCGAUGAAUACUGUAUUUGGAGUCCCUCAACUACCUAGUGUUGGAUCCAUGGAGCUCCUGAGGAAAGACAAGGUGAAAGAUCAUUCUGGAAGAUUUAGUGGUUCCAUUAGAAUGAAAAAUGAGAAACGCAGCAGUUUACAAGGAUCAUCUCAUGGUGUGCUUCUUUUCUGUCUUGGAAUAUCUGUGGGCAUAAUAUCAUCUUUCUGGAAAAAUAGAAAGGAAAUGGAUAUAUUAACUGAGUUGCUGAGACAGUCAGAGAAUUUGGUUCAAGAUCUACAUGAGGAACUUGAGAUGAAAGAUUCAUUAACCGUGAAAGAGCUUCCCACUGAAGAUUGUGAGUCACAAGAUACACAUAAUGAUCCAUCAAACAAUGAAGCUUUACAUGCACCUUCCCCUAAAGGGAAGUUGGAUAAGUCGUCAACAAAUGACGAUGAGGAGUGUCGAAGCCAGAAGACAGAGGAAGAAUCCAUGAGUAAAAUUGAAGCAGAGCUUGAAGCUGAAUUGGAGAGGUUAGAAUCAAGUAUGAACUCGUCUAAGUUGAAGGGGAAACUCGCAGAACUAGAUGAGCUUGAUCCGGACUUUGUGCCAGAUCUAGCCAAGGGGGAGUUAAGAACUGAACUCUUCAAUAGACAACCCGGAGAUCAACCUUAUGCAGAUCAGGAUGGUAGCGGAACCUCGACCCCUCAUCCUGUUAAUUAUGCUGUCUCGCCAAGAGAGCUGAGCUUGCGGCUGCACGAAGUCCUCCAAUCACAAUUAGAAGAACGCCUCAAGGAGCUUGAGAUGGCACUUCAGAACAGUGAAAGGAAAGUUCGGUAUAUGGAAGCAGAACUCGUAAGUUCUUGGAGGGAUUCCUCAAACAGUGAAGGGGGCUCUUCUUCCACACACGGUAGUCCUGUAAUGAAAGUUGAACAGCGCACAGCAGACCAGCCAGCGGUAAUCAAUUUAAAUGGUGAGGCUUUAGAUGCAUAUAACGAGGCUUAUGACAUGUUCACAAGGUUAAAUUCAGAGGAGGAGGAUGUUGUUGUUGCAUCAGGAGUUAAGGACAACAACCACCAAGAAAACUCGUGUUCACAUGAACGUAGCUUUGACUGGAUUGAAAAUGGUAGGAUGAAUGAUGAAAGUGAUGAUGAGAUGGAAAAGUUGUUAAUUAGGAGUAUUGUGGAGAAAGCCAGGAAAGGCUCUCCGGCAGUUUUAAAUGUGCAGAGAGCAUUGUUCUCACUUGAUGAUAAUGAACAUUGAUUGAUACAUUCACAACUCAUAUAAAAGAGGAAAAAAGAUUUUGCAGUUCA